AUGACAUGUUUAUCUGAUUUCUGCCUUACAGAACAUGCGAUCCUCAACAAAUGGGCAGUAAUCAUCGACCCCAAAGAUCCGCUCUCGGGCCCAACCGGCUUCGUUAAAGUGGACAUCCACGUCGUUGGCAAGGGCCAGAUCUCAAAAGUACUCUUCACCUUUUUUUGUGGUGAUGUUGCUGUUGGUGUUGUCGAGUCGGAUGGUCGCGGCAGCCGUUUUGAAGAACUGCCUCUUCAUGCCGACCAAGGAAUUGCUGAAACAUCGGUACAUUGA